AUGCACUCGCAAAGCAACAGGGCCCAAGGCUAUAACAAGACUCAGGAGCUGCAGCUAGCUCUUGGUGACCGGCCUGCCUCUCGAGGCGGGUCCUCCAGAUCUGUGCGGCCUUCUUCCACGUCGCUUCCGCCCCUGCGAAGCCCCCGUGGUCAAGCUUUAGCCGGAGCAGGCACGUCAGCUGAUGACUCGCCCGUGCGCUCGCCUUUGCGCUCGCCAUCUGCAUCUCGUCUGGCUGAUGCAGGAGCGUCCCCUGCCUCGGUGGCUUCCAGCCGCCCCGAGGAGUCGGAGGACGAAGACGACGACUUCGAAGAGCAGCUCCGGGAGCUGGAGGAGCUCGGUGCGCACUUCGCCAGACGUGGCGAGCCACUGAGCCGAGGUGCUUCAUCGUCAGGUGUGGAUCACAGGCCCCCAACUGGCGGCUCCGAGUCCACGACUGCGCCUGCGAGCUCACAGGCGACGGCUUCGGUGGAGUGGGAAGACCCCACCACCGUCGAGUCCGUCCUCGAGGAGCCUGGAGACCUCCUGAGGGGAGCGCAGCGUGCUCACCAUGAGAUCGGUCGCAUGCGACUUCCCCACGGAUGUCGAUUGGAGCCAAGCCAAGCCGCCUUCGCGCAGCUCUUCUACACCAUGGAUGUGGCCGAGGGACCAUACACGCCUGCGACGCUGACGUUUUGGGUCAAGGUCUUCGAGGAGUACCCGCUGCCCGGCUCUGUCAGCAUCCGCUGUACCAAGCGAAUCUUCCAUCCAUGCAUCGACUCACGAACCGGCGCAACGGCGUUUCCAGGUCACGAUGCCGAGGUCGGAGAUGCGUCGCAAGAGAUUCGUUUGGGGUCUUUGCUGGUGGCGCUGACGCAGAUGGUAAAGGCACCCUGCAGCGUGGCGAACGCCUUGAACAACGAGGCAUCGGCACUGCUGGAGGCCGAUCCCGAGGAGUUCCGGCGCCGCGUCCGGCGUUCGCUGCUCGGAGACGAGGGCUUCGAUCGGGUGCUGGGCAGUGGCAAGGCAUCAACCGCGCCGUUGCCAUCAAAGCCAAUUGCCAUGUCGGAGACCAUGCGACUCGAAAUGAUGAACAUCGAGGUCUUGAAAGAAGAUUUCAAGGCCACCGCUGCUGCUUACCUGGAAACUAACCGGGCAGAGCUGCUGCAAAUCAACCGCGCCUGA